AUGCAAGAUCUCUAUGAUGUCAGUUACCAUACAAGAGAUGAGUUUUAUGAAGGCUCUGCAUUUAUAGAUACUUACACAAAUAACUUCAUACCACAUAGAAAAGGGUAUAUGAUCUAUACAAGUGGCUAUACUUAUGAUGGGGAUUGAUCAAGUGGCAGCUGACAUGGCUGAGGUGUCCUAUGCUUUCCAGACGGACGAAGGUACGUAGGUGACUUUAAUAUGGGACAAAAAGAAGGACAAGGAAAUUUUGAAUGGCCCAAUGGAAAUGUUUAUGAGGGAGAAUUUCAAAAUUCCCACAUAAAUGGGCAAGGCACUUUGACGAAAACUGAUGGAACUAUAUUAAAAGGAAAAUGGAUUAACGACCAGCUGCAUGGAGAAGGGGAAAUUUAUUUACCUGAUGGGCGGAGAUAUAGUGGAGAAUUCAGAAAUUCCAAGCUUCAUGGACCUGGCAGGUUUAAAUGGCCAGAAGGUAUGGUCUAUGAGGGAAAUUUUAAUAACGAUUUCAUCAAUGGCCAUGGAAUUUAUACAAUUCCUGACGGAAGAAAAUAUGAAGGAAGCUUUUGCAAUAGCCAAAAGCAUGGAAAUGGCACUUUUAAAUGGCCAAGUGGGGAUAUAGUAAUUGCCCGAGGAUGGCGCUAUCUUGCGCCAUCCUAGAGCAAUUCAAAAAUGGCCCCACACCAGGAAUUGAACCCACGUGUGGUGCCAUUUUUGGUAUGUGUAGAACAUCGACUUCAACGUACCAAAAAUGGCCCCACACGUGGGUUCAAUUCCCGGUGUGAGGCCUUUUUUAAAUUGCCCGAGGAUGGCGCUAUCUUGCGCCAUCCUCGGGCAAUUACAAUACUUAUAUAGGGGAAUUUAAAAAUGAUAAAAUGAGCGGUGAUGGUGUCUUAAAAUAUGCAAAUGGGACAAAAUUUGUAGGCGAAUUUGUGAAUAAUAAAAAAUUGAAAGGAAUUUUUACUGAUAAAGACGGGAAAUCAAAGGCUGAAGUUUGGGGUUCUAAUGGACUCAUUAAAUCUUCGAAGAAAUCUAAUAAUUUGGCUAAGCUAAGUGAACAGCUAGUUAAAUGAAGUGAAAUUAUAUCGACAGCUAACUCCCCCCUCCGUGAGCGAACAAAAACUAUUAAAAAAUCCUUAUUUUUUGCUUAAAAGUGAGCGAACAAAAAUUUUUUUUAAUAAAAAAUCUUUUAUAUAAGUAAUAAUUAGUAUAAUGAAAUCACGAGCUAACUCUAUUUAAUUUUAAACAAAUGCGUUUUAAAACAUAAAUUUCGCAAAUUAAAUUAAUAUUUGCUUUAAAUUUUUGAGAAUUAGGAUUAUUUUCAAAAAAAAUUAACCCCCCUCGUGAGAGACCAAAUUUUUUUGUUCGCUCACGGAGGGUGGGGAGUAAGGAUACUCUCAGUUUUAUUAGUAAUAAUACUAGUGCAAUAUGCAAUAUUGUUUCUGUUGUAGGGGCUAUUAUUGGAGGUAUCUUGAGUGUUAUAUAG